UGGUACCAACAACAAAUGCAAGGGCGGUUGCUGUGAACGAUAGCUGAACGAUUCAAUUUUGUGUGCCCAACACACCAACCUCGUUAAAGAGCAGGCUCCGUGUUCGUCCAGUUUUGGGCGACAAGUGGAUGCUGUUUCACGACUAUCAUAAAAUCUAAUUCAAUUCAUCGUUCCCUGGCAAGCACCUUCACUGACUGACUCUCUGACUGACAUGAUGACUGAACCCGCUGCACUCGCCACAACCGAGCUCUUGCGCUUCAGUGACGCUGCCGUUGCCAGCGGAUACCAACCACUGGACGAGUCGGAUAGCUACAACAAUGACGGCGGAUACCUCCCACGACGACGCCUGGGACAACUCGGCGGUGGUCGAAUGAUCCCUUGCCGCAGAACAUCCAGCAACAUUAUUCAAUUGACCAGUGUACACGCUCGAUUCUCACUCGACAGUGUGGCCUCGAGCAUUACCUGUGGCGACUUUGACGAGGAGGACCAGUUUGGCGACGACGAAGAAGAGUUCGACAAUGACGACGACAAGGAGCUCUUGAUCAGUGACUUGCUCGUCGUCUCCAACGAACAGAAACGAGGCUCUCAAUUCAACAGCCUCAACGACAGCAUGCCCACGCUUCCUCUGCGACGAGACAGCUCCCAUGUGCGCCACGAUAAGGUCCCACAAAUGCCGGGACGACGAACCAGUACCAUCAGUUGCGAAGCAGCCAAACGAUCCAGCACCGCAAGAAGCAGUGGCAAUAACCCAAAGUCGUUUGCCGUUGACUGCUGCGACGAUGAUACCACAAGACGCAUUAUGGCGACCAUGGCAUGCGUUUUAUGA